AUGAGCUGCUCAUUUCCAUAUUACCGCCCGUCGCUUAGGCGCAACGCCCACGCGGCUUUUGCUCAGCUCUCUCCAGCCCAACGGUCAACGCGUGAGCAGAGCCAGCUCACGCUCUGCCAGGCGACCCUGGAGCAGACACUCUACGUUGUUAAUCCUGACAGUCGUCUGGGAACACAAAUACAAGACACCAUCGACGAGAUACGGCGUCGCCUGCUCGUGAUGCUGCCGGGUGAAGCGGCCGCGCCCAAGCCCACAGUCGAGGUCGACGACUCAGAACCUCCCUCCUCGCCCAGCAGCAGUGUUUAUACGGAUGCAGCCGAAUUGGCAUCCGACGCAGGAAGUGAACAGACAGCGCCUUCCUCAAGAAAUACCACAAGCAUCGGCCUUGAAAGCCCGUUCGCACGUCUCCAAGUGAACAAGAAGCGUGAUCGGAACGACGACGAGCGGUUAGAGUCCCCAACAAAGCGCCGAAAGAAAUUCCAAAUACCCAAAGAUAAAGAAGUUAUUGUCAUCGACUAG